CGCUGCCCUGGAGGCGCAGUUCCGGUUAGGCGGCGGAGUUUGUUUACGUUGCUGACAUUUGCAACUGCCUUCUCCAGCUCCGGCUGCAAGAUGGGGAAGUCUUUCGCCAACUUCAUGUGCAAAAAGGACUUUCAUCCGGCUUCUAAAUCCAAUAUCAAAAAAGUAUGGAUGGCGGAACAGAAAAUAUCAUAUGAUAAGAAGAAACAAGAAGAAUUAAUGCAACAGUAUCUUAAAGAGCAAGAAUCAUAUGAUAACAGAUUGCUUAUGGGAGAUGAACGUGUAAAAAAUGGCCUUAAUUUCAUGUAUGAGGCCCCACCAGGGGCUAAAAAAGAAAACAAAGAGAAAGAAGAAACAGAAGGAGAGACUGAAUACAAAUUUGAAUGGCAGAAAGGAGCCCCACGAGAAAAAUACGCCAAAGAUGACAUGAACAUCAGAGAUCAGCCCUUUGGUAUUCAGGUUCGAAAUGUAAGGUGCAUUAAAUGUCACAAGUGGGGUCAUGUCAACACAGAUCGAGAAUGUCCUUUGUUUGGUCUUUCUGGAAUCAAUGCAAGUUCAGUUCCCACUGAUGGCUCAGGGCCAUCGAUGCACCCCUCGGAGCUAAUAGCGGAGAUGAGAAACAGUGGGUUUGCACUGAAACGAAAUGUACUGGGGAGAAACUUGACCGCAAAUGAUCCAUCACAGGAGUAUGUUGCAAGUGAGGGUGAAGAAGAUCCAGAAGUUGAAUUUUUGAAGUCACUAACAACCAAACAAAAACAGAAACUUCUCAGGAAAUUGGAUCGACUUGAGAAGAAUAAAAAGAAAAAGAAAAGAGAUAGAAAAAAGAAAAAGUUUCAGAAGAGCAAAAGUAAGCACAAAAAACAUAAAAACAAACCCUCUUCCUCCUCCUCUUCGUCAUCUUCCUCCUCUUCCUCUAGUGAGACCUCAGAGAGCAGCAGUGAGAGUGACAACAAAGAAAAAAAAGCAGAAAAGAAGAAAAGGAAGAAACACAAGUGUUCAGGGAAGCACAACAGCGAUUCCGAAGAGGACAAGUCCAAGAAAAGAAAACAAGAGCGUUCUGGGGAGAAUAGCGCAAGGAGCCACUCUGAUUGUGACAAAAAGUCCAGAAGCCAUCAUCGGAGCCCGGAGAAGAGAGGAUCUGACAGAAAUGAGGGGAGCAGCAGGAGCCGUACCAGGGAAGAGAGAGGUAAGAGAAGCCGAAGCAGAAGUCACGACAAUUAUAAGCAGAGGGAGAGGGAGAAAUGGCCACAGCGAAACCCCGGUGAAGAACGGAAUAGAAGAGAUGACACCAGACGCCAUGGCACAGACACAUACCAAGAAAAAACGUGCAGAGAACACUCGGGAGAUUAUAAGCAUGCCAAGGUGACAGAAAGAGAACUAAGCAGAAGUAGAGAGAGAAUAAAAGAGACGUGUGUGACAAUUACCUGAGAGUUAAAAUAUCUCUACUUACUAGUACCUUUAGCAAGGGCUAAAUUAUGUACUAUUGUCUUUUUAAUAAAAAAGCUCUAUUUUAAUUUUCCAUUUCUGUAAACUGUCAUUCCAAGUACAAAACUUCAUGAGUACCAUAAGAAUGAAUUUGGCAACUAUUUGUAAGUAAUCCAUUUUGGGACUGUAGAAAUAUUUUCUGUUGGUAACUGUUUCUUAUGCCCUAUACAAGAUAAAACCCCCAUAUAACUCUGUGACAUUUUCUUUGUUCUGAAACAUCAUUAAAAGAGUGACAGUAUA